UAAAGUAGAAGUUUUUUCUUCUCGUUCGAGAGAAAGCGGAAACCUACCUUCCGUGGAUAAGAAGGAACGAGUUCGGCAGAGGGGUUGAAGCGGAGAAACUUAUCGAUGGCAUCGAUCUCGCAUCGCCAAGUGCUUUCGCUUCUCUUGCUCGUCAGUUCGGCUGCUUUUUCCGUCUCCAUCGACGUCGAAUACUGCAAAAAGAAUGCUAAUUAUCCUGUUAAGGUUAGUGGAGUUGACAUUUCUCCAUAUCCCAUUUCAAGGGGCGAGCAAACUACAUUCAAUAUCUCAGCAUCUACUGGGGAUGAGAUAUCCGCAGGGAAGUUGAUAAUUGAUGUCAAUUAUUUCUUUUUCCAUGUUGACCAUGAAGAGAUAGAUCUUUGCAAGGAGACAUCAUGCCCAGUUACCACUGGUGAUUUUGUGCUAUCUCAUCAUCAGACUCUACCGUCAAUAACUCCUCCGGGAUCAUACACACUGACGAUGCACUUAAAGGGUGAUGAUGGGAAGCAACUUACAUGCAUUACAUUCGGCUUCAGCAUUGGAUUCAUAGGGGAUGCCGGUGAGUUAGUUAGUCAAAAAUGAGAGCCCUAAGUGCCAUGUUCUGUAUCCCGUAACCUAAAACUCCACCUUAAUGGCGCACACAAUAAAGAAUUUAAGACUUGUUUGAGUUUUAAUGUAUGAAGACGUAGCAAAGCUUUGAUGUAAUCAAUGUAUGUUAGUUUCUAAAA